UUAAUCAAUUGCACCAGAGACCUAUAUGCCACAUACACAUAGACCGACUGUACACGUAAUAUUGUUUCACAAACGGUGGGCGACGAGUUAAUCUCCACAGAACAGAAUCAGAUUCGUGCAGAGAAAAAGCAAACAAUCCAAACUGUUAUUAUGCCGUUGGAUCGGUUGUUCGUCGUCAUCCCGUGCGUGCUAUAUAAUUCAUGAGGUCGUGGGCGAGCUUAUAAUGACAUUCGUUGAGGCAGGACAUAGGCGAUAGAGGAUCAUCAUAUAUAGGCGCCAGACAAGCAGAGCGCGUGUGUGCGUCGGGAAGGAUAGUCGAAAGCUGGUUUCUAUAAAUCCUCACAGCUAAAUUUUAAAAGAAACAGAACAAACCCUAAGUGAAGAAACUAAGGAACUGAAUUUACGUGUUUACCGUUCAAGGACUGAGGCCGAAGGUAACAGAGAUGACUGUGCCCUUUAGGCUAGAAGUGACAGUGGUGGUGGCAGUCCUAGCGUGCGCAUGUUCAUAUGGAAUGAAAAUAGACUUUUCCCGACUCACACACCUUAGACGGACACCCCUUAUUGCACACAAAAGAGGCUCAGAAUGUACAGGAAAUCCAUGCCCACCUGAUAAGCCGUUUUUAUGCAAAGAGUCCUUCACCUGCAUAGCACUUAAGUUCGUUUGUGAUGAAACAUUUGACUGUGACGACGGUUUUGAUGAAGAUAAAGCUGUGUGCAAUGCUGCGUCAAGACCCUCUGUGGAGCAGCUUUACGACUUCUUGGAAAAUGAGAACAGCUGGAUAAUUCCCAAAUUGUUUGGCGGCGUGGAACCUGAAGUUGUGGCUCACACUCUAGCCGUGGCCAGUGAUAUCGAUGACCUCCAACUGACGCUCGGACUGACAGACGAGAAUGUUGAGAAUCUCAGGAAAGCCUUCGCUGCGGCUAUGGAAGGCGACGAGCGUCCCCUGCUGAAGAUGGACAUGCCAGAAAGAUCCUGGAACGAGGUGCAGUACAUGCUCCAGCAGCUCCUUGACAGUGGUUUCAAGGUCUGAGGCCACGUGGUCAGGUCACGUGACCACAAACUGGCUGCUAAUUGCUGGGCAAAUAGCAUCUCCCUGUAGUCCGUCAACAAAACAAAACAUCUGCCUGAACAUUGAGCACAUUGGGGUGGCUCGAUCUGUCAUUUCGCUAGGAGAAACCUAUCUCUGCUAACACUCCCAAAGACAAAGGACCACGGAAAGAUAACUGUCGUCAGAAAAGAGGAAGAUACUUCUUUUGGAUAAAAUGCUUAUGUUUGAUGAAGAUUUAUUUUUGACUGUGCUGAUGAAGCAAAGCGUUUUUAGCGUGAUGUCAUCACAGUUCCAGCAAGGAACUACAGGACAGGAAAGCGCUGGUCAGUUAUCUCCCUUGGUCAUUUGCCUGGCUUUAUUUCUGGUGAAAUGUCAGUCAUGCAAUUCCUAGUCUUUCGUGUAUCAUUACAGUAAGUCUCAUCAUUGCGUCUGUGGUCUAUAACUAUCCAACAUGUCGCUCGUAUGUAAUGUAAGACUAAGCUAACAAAUCUACGUUUUAAAACGAAACGGAAAAGUGACGAUUAACUUUGAAGGUCAAGGAUAAUAUUUGGAGAGGGUGGAAAGUGCUCAAUUUCUUUAUGGAGAAACGGACCCGCCUGCAGUUAAAGACCCCUUGUCCCAACGUCGCCAUUUUGUGUAAGCAGUUCGCGGUAAAAUCAAAGAGUGUUUGUUAUGAACAUGCUUCUUGCACGGUGUGUAAUGUUUUCAAACAUAAGAAAUUGGCUAUUUUCGUGAAACCUAUGAAUUAACCAAUAAAGUCCUCAACGUCAUUGCAUCAGUAGAAAUCAUCUCUCUCUGUGUUUCAUAGCUAUCUUAUGUAUAUCAUAGACAGACUGAUGUAAAAUAUUCAUGAUAUAAUAAAACAUCACCUAGAUUCUUA